CCAGAGAUUGGGAGUGAAGAGAGGGGCAUGAAUCGAUUAUUUCGCGUUGGCUCAUCUCCCAUAUUAGAAGAACGCCACUUUCGGUGGAAGGAUUCAGCUCGACUAUUGUUGUCGUUUUGCGUUUUGUCUCUUCAAUGCCAUUGUUGUUAAUGAUAUUGCCAGUGCGGGUUUGAAUACCGCAAUUUCUCUUGGAACUGAAUCAGAAUGGACUCACCCAUGAAAGAAGCAUACGUCCAGCUCAUCGAGGUCAUCGCGACAGACACGUCGGAUCCAACCGCGACAGAGGCCCACGUCCGCCAGCUCAUCACCUCCCUCCCCUCGGUCCUCCGCUCCCGCGACGAGGAUGAGCGCACAGCAUUACACCACGCAGCGCGCCUCGGCCGUGACGCCAUCGUCAACGCCAUACUCGAGACGAACCCCAAGUGCGACAUCGACGUCCAGGAUGCCGACAAGUGCACGCCGCUCCACCUCGCCGCGCGCAACGGCCACGCGAACGUGGUCGGCACGCUCCUCCGCCGUGGUGCCAACGUCAGGGCCGAGGAGAGCUUCCGUGAGACACCGCUGCACGAGGCGAGCCGAAACGGGCACGCGGGCAUCGUGGGCGUGCUGAUUGAGAAUGGAGCCGUCGUCGACGCGCCGAACCAGGACUUGGGGACGAGCCUGCACAUCGCGAGCCGCCGGGGCUGCGAGGACGCCAUCCGCGUGCUACUCGACGCCGGCGCGAACCCGGCGACCAAGGACGCCGUCGGGGACACACCGCUGCACGACGCCGCGCGGGGCGGGCACGCGGGCGUCGUGGCCAUGCUUCUCGCGACAGGGCUGGUGUCCAUCGAGGCGCAGAACACCAACGACUUCACGCCGCUGAGCGUCGCGGCGCGCCACGGACGCGAAGCCAUCGUGAGGAUGCUGGUCGAGCAGGGCGCCGACGUCGAUACCAUGAGCAAUGAAUACUGCACCCCCUUGCACCAGGCAGCUUCCGAGGGCCACGACGGCGUCGUGCGGAUCCUCAUCGCCGCCGGCGCCGACGUGGACCUGCAGGACAAGGACGACCAGACGCCGCUGCACGCGGGGGUCAUGUUCGAGCACGAGGCCGUCGUGGCGUCGCUGCUGGCGGCCGACGCCGACGUCGACGUGCGCGACACGGAGGACUGCACGCCGCUACACCACGCCGUCAAGAACGAGAACAAGGCCAUGGUGCGCGACCUGCUCGAGGCAGGCGCCGACCCGACCGUCAUCUCGUCGACGGGCGAGACGCCACAGAGCCUCGCAAGGCUGCUGAGCCGCGGGGGCUCUAUCGCCGACCUGUUCAACUCGCCGCAGGUCGUGCCGAAGCAGGGCGUCGCGGCGUGGAACCAACGGCCCAAGCGGGCGCGGCCGCCGUCGAAGCCCAACCAGGAGGCCGAGGUCGAGGCGUGCCGCUACUUCCAGGGCCUGUUCUGGUCCCCGACGAGCGAGUGCAGCUUCGAGAGCAUGAGCGUGUGGGACAUGUUGUACGACCCCGACACGGAGGACAAGCUCAGCCCGCGGCCGCCACCCGCGGCCGAGAGCCCGGUCAAGAGUCCCGUGGGGAGCCCAACGAGGAGCCGAACGAGGAGCCCCGUGCGGUCGAGGGCGCAUUCGAGAGCCGUCAGCCCGACGAGGAGCCCGGGGAUGUCGCCAGCCCGCACCCCCACCGCGUACUCGCCGCCUCAGUCGCCCCUACUCCAGCCGCCGUCAGGGGAUGGAGGGGGCGGCAGUCCGUCGGCAGCUCCGGCGGGGCUGAACAUGAAGGAGAUGCGGAAGCAUGUCAGCCAGAAGAGACGCAAGAUCUCGUACGCGUCGCGGAUUAGGGACGAGAAACCGGUUAAGAGGUGGUUUCACCUCCCCGCGAACAAUGUGGCGUGGGUGAUGGACCUCGUUCAAAGGAUCUGCGCAAUGGACCACCGGACGGACGCCGAGUGUGACCGGAUCGUUGCGUUUAUCGAGGAGACGUACCAUGAGAUCCGGAUCAACGCGCCGUAUCGGAAGCCGCAUUUCAAGAUGGAGGCGGCGGCUGCUGCGGACGCCGGUAGCGGAGGUGCGCCGGAUAUGGGGCCCAGUCCGGGACCCAUACCCGGAGGAGGGGUCUCGGGCACACCGCCGGCGGUUCUGUCUCCGACGCCCGCGCCGCCUAAGUCACAGAUGUUCUCCAUUGUCCUGCCCGUCAUCGACGUCGAUAUUGACGAUGGCACGAAGAGGAGCCUGCAAGACGUGCAGAUCGGAGACGAGGCGCGCGUGUCUCCCUCUAGGCCGACGAUCGGGACCGGAGGCGGCGGCGGCGGUGGAGGAGGGAACACCGACGGCAGGAGGGGGGCGGCACGGCCGGCCGCGCCGGCUGCGGCGAACAAGCCCAGACACCCACUCGGCGCGAUGCCGACGAACCUGCAGCACCAUCUUUUCCCGCACCUGGCGCACUUUGACGCGAUGGCGAAGCUGCGCACGAGCUUCACCAAGUCGGAGCUGCACGUGCCGCGGUCGCUAGACCAGUCGUACCACGAGUCCCUCAGCGCCGCGGACCUGGCUCUACGCAGCGAGAGCCAAGUCCUCUUUCGCUACUUGAGCCGCGUGGAGGCGCGUCUCACGGUGGCGGCAGCGGCGGCCACGACGAGGUCCGAUGCAGACGCGGCGGAGACGGAGGACGGGGGCGCGAGCCGGAGCCGGGCGAUGACGAUGACGACGACGACACAGCAGCCGCAUCAGCAGCAUCAGCAGCAGAAAUGGCAGCAGAACCCGUUCGACAGGCACGUGCAGCGGACGCUGUCGCGGCAGAGCAGCUCGAAGCAGAAGAAGACGGACGGGACCAAGGCGGAGCUGGGGAGGAUGGCGGGGCGGCAGGAUCAGGCGAGCAGCGUGCAGGCCAAGGUGUCGCGCGAGAGGAGGCGGAUGGACCGGGAGCGGCGGAAGCAGAUCUUGGUCGUCGCGCAGCUUUGGGUGUGGAAGAUUGACGAGAACACGGUCAUCAGCGCGUUCCCCGACCGAUGGGACGACAAGAACGCCAAGACGCUGCUUAACGGCAUCAAGCACCGCGUGUUGGGGAUGCGAGACAUACGGUCCGAGACGACGGACAUGAUGCGCAUCGUCGAGGCCGUCCUUGAGAGCGCCGUCGGUCACAGCGAGGAAGAGUUCCACUUCCAGUUCGAGGGGCCGCGGAGCUACUGCAACGUCUUUGCGGCGUCCAUCGCUCAUGUUUCCAACGAGGUGAUGAAGCGGUACGCCAACUUCAAGGCCUCCAUCAGCAAGAUGGGCACGUCCAAGACGGUGCUGGACGACCUGCGGGCCGAGAUCGAGCUGCUGCAGGAGAUUGACGACGUGCGCGAGGAGAUCAACAUGAUCAAGCGGGUGCUCCGGUCGCAGGAGCGCGUGUUCGACGGGUUCCGCGAGGCCGAGGUGGGCCGCCGGCUCACGACCGGGGCGGCGACGGCGGCGAUGGCGGUGGCUAUGACGGAGAGGCAGGGCGCCGUCAAGGCGUAUAAGCACCCGACACUGGAUUUCUUCAAGAGGUUGGAGGAGGACGCGAACCGCGUGCGGGACUCGAUCACGACCUUGUUGGACUUGAGGCAGCGAGAGGCCAAUAUCGAGGAAGCGCUCUCGGCGAGCGAGCAGUCCAAGAUCCUCUUCAUUUUUACGGGGGCCACCGUCGUCUUUGCGCCGCUGUCUUGGGCUACUGGAAUCUUCCAGAUCGACGUCGUCGGCCUGGCCCAGCCAGCCACGGCCGGGACGCUGCUCCUUGCAUGCUUCCUCAGCCUGGUGGCGACGCUGCUUCUCAUCGCGCUCUCGCUGCAGAUAUACGAGUUCAUCACGCAGGGGAAGGCCACGCAGCUCUACCGGCGCGUCUUGGGCUUCUUCGCCGUGAGGAAGAGGGCGAGGCUGUCGGCCCGGGAGCGAGGCCAGUCGUCGCCGCCGCCGUCGCUCGGGGCGUCGACGCAGCUGAGCCUGCUGAGGCGGUCAUCCGUGUCGCAGCCCGUAGCGAGCACGGCGGCCGAUGAGAGGAAGGGCGGCGGCGUCAGGAAGAGGUUUGCCGCGCUGGGAGUGCGUGGAAGGAGGAAGGGCGGGGACGAGGAGAAGGCGGUUUCCGGAAAGCGGCAGUGAGAUGGAGGGGGGACUAUUGAACAAGCUGGGCUUGGGUAGAGUCUUUAGACCGAUGUUGUUUGGAGAGCCGAGUGUCAUCAUGCGGGUAUAAUGUCAAGGGUCUGUCAUUAGCCUUGCUGGUGGUGGUGGUGUUCGGAUGUGUUCACACGUAGGCCUGGACAGUCUUGAUGUUGAACCAACGGUUCCAGAAGCUAUUCCACCAUUAUAGCCUCUCAUAAGACUGGUUGGGAGAUGCCAUCUCCGUCGUUCCCCGAGGAACCAUACAGAGGGACUGUUGCGCCUCCCGCUUCUACCUCCAGCUGGAACUAUCCGAUCGCAAACAGCAUCAUCAAGCAGGUUCAAAUUUAAAACUAGACUUAAGGUAUCCUUAGUUUGACACUUGGCAAGUCACAUGUUUCUU